AUGGCAUCUUCCAGUGCCUCGGCUAUGCCAUCGUCCAGACUUGUCACAAAUGUGUUUCCGGCGGAGUCAAAGAUAUCGUUCAGAAACGCCCCAACAAUAAAGGAGCCGUCGGUUGGUACGACGAGUGCUGGAUACGUUUCUCCGGCGACUGAUUCCGUGAAGACGCCUGCAGAAGCAUUGGGCAGGAAGAUGGAUAUGCCAUUUCUGAAACUGCUAUCCUAUUUUCUGCUUCUCUCCUCCUUCGAUCUGGCUUCUUCUGAAGUUGACAUCCCGGCUUACUUUGACCACAACUGCACAAUCAAUAAAAACUUCACUUCCGAUAGCUCCUACCCGUCCAACCUUAACAGUCUCUUCGGUAUCUUGUAUGACAAGGCCACGGGCGGUGAGACUCCCGAAUUUUUCAACACCAGCUAUGAGGACGUCGUCUAUGGAGAGUUCAUGUGUCGAGGCGACGUCCCCAUUCAGGUCUGUCGAGAUUGCGUUCAGGACGCCAUAAAUCGAAUAGCCUCAGAGUGUCCCUACAACAAAGAGGCAGUCAUCUGGUACGACCAGUGCUCCCUCCGCUAUUCCGAUCGUUCUUUCUUCUCCACCCUCGAUCAACUGCCUAGAGUUAGCAGCCAGUUGGUGGCCAUGGACGUGACCUGGGAAACAGACACGUGUCUUCCUGGCACACCAGAUCCCGAAGUCAGGUGCCAAGAAAUUUGCAGCAAAAGAUGCAAACUUUAG